AUGCUGCGCGGCGGACUGCCACAGCUAAUGGCGCCCAUGGCACCCAGAUCUGGGCAUAUGGCUCUUCGCGCGGAAACGGGAAUUUGCGCUCUGCGUGUUGAAAAGCCGCGGGUGCCGAUCGGGAGGAGAAGGUUUGGCACGCAGUGCGCGACGCUGAGGCGGCGGCAAUGGAAUGGGCCCAUUGCGUCGCGGGCGGAGGGCGAGUGUUCAGCGCGGCCCGCCGGCGAAAAUGAGGAAGUGUGUGGCGAGGCGGGGACGUCUGGCAAGGGCGAGAACGCCCGCGGGGCGACCGCGACGCGGAUGGUGAAGAGGCUUUUGGCUGGGGGUGUGGUGUUGGGCGCGGGCGUGGCGGCGGCUGCGGCGACAGGUGCAGAGUUAUCGUAUGGACCAAAUCCUGGGGGCCUGGCUGAGGCCGUUGCCAUAAUCGCCAUGAUUGUGGCUGUCCAUGAAGGCGGUCACUUCCUUGCUGCAAGGUCACAAAACAUACAUGUCAGCAAGUUUUCAAUUGGCUUUGGACCCGCCUUGCUGAAAUACCAGGGUGAAGAGGUGGAAUACUCUCUGAGGGCGAUUCCUCUUGGAGGCUUUGUCAGCUUCCCUGACAACGAUGCUGAAAACCCCUACCCUCUGGAUGACCCUGACUUGCUCAGAAACAGGACAAUCCCUGAGAGGGCGCUUGUGAUCAGUGCAGGCGUAAUAGCGAAUUUCAUGUUUGCAUUUGGGAUUCUGCUUGCGCAGGUCACCACGGUUGGUGUUGCAGACCGUGUCUAUCAACCAGGCGUGAGGGUCCCAGCGGUGACACACAAUUCGGUUGCAGAAACAUCAGGUUUAAAGGCCAAUGAUACCAUCAUCUCCGUGGAUGGCGUGCCAGUUGUGGCAGGAGCCUCAUCAGUUUCCAACGUUGUCGAUGCCAUCAACAGCAGCCCGGACCAGAAGCUGACGCUACUUGUCAACCGCGGUGGUAAGACGCUGCCGAUUACUGUGAUCCCUGAGAAAGAUUUCGAUGGGAAGGGACGCAUCGGAUUGCAGCUCGUGUCCAAUGCAACUGUUGUCCGCACCAAGGCCAACGACCUGUUCCAGGCAGUGGUACUCGCAUCAAACGAGUUCAGCAGGAUGUGUGGAGACAUAACGCGUGCCCUUCAAAACUUUGCUGGUAAUUUUAAAGUGGGUGAGCUGUCGGGACCCCUUGGUGCUGUGGCCGUUGGAGCAGAGGUGGCUCAAGCGGAUUCUUCACAGCUGUUUCAGUUCGCUGCCGUCAUUAACAUCAACCUGGCGAUUGUGAACAUGUUGCCAAUGCCUGCUUUGGAUGGUGGGUUCCUGGCGUUGUUAGCCGUCGAGGCUGCCAGGGGCGGCAGGAAAUUACCCCAGGGCGUGGAGAACGGGGUCAUGGCAUCUGGGUGGCUGGUGCUGAUGACCCUGGGUGUUGUUCUGCUAGUUAAAGACACAUUUAGCCUAGGAAUAUUCCGAAAUCUCUUGUGA